AUGGCGAACUUCUCAGAGUUCGUUUAUCACAUCGCCGGGGAGCCAUACGACUACCUCGGCUCCGGCUCGUCGGCCGCCGGCUACCUCCGGUCCUCUUCGCCGAUUGACAGUUUCCGUGGCUAUCCUGGAGUCGUUAACGCCACUGGUUCUUCGUCAGUCGUCACUGAUACUGCUGCUACUGUGGAGAGGAUCAGGCACCGUAACAUCCUCCAGCUCCUCGGCUGGUGCGAUGGCUCGGGAGGGCUCUUGCUUGUCGACGAGUUCAUGUCCAAUGGCAGCCUCGACAAACAUCUGUAUGAUCCUCAGAAGCUGUUAACCUGGUCACACAGGUACAAGAUUGCGCUGGGUGUCGGCUAUGCUAUACUGUACCUCCACACGGAGUGCGACCAGUGCGUCGUGCACGGCGACAUCAAACCUGCAAACAUCUUGCUCGACCCAUCCUUCAACGCUAAGCUCGGAGACUUUGGCUUAGCGAGGCUUGUUGACCACGGAGCCGACUCGCGUACAACACAGGUCGUGGCAGGGACGGCCGGGUAUAUUGAUCCAGAGUUCGUCAACAGCUGCAGGCCGAGCACCGAAUCUGACGUCUACAGCUUCGGUGUUGUCCUCCUGGAGAUCGCCUCCGGAAGGCGGCCGACAUCAACGCAAUCAACUGGAACUCCAAUAGUGCUACUGAAUUGGGUUCGCUACAUGUACCGCCAGAACUCGAUUCUUGGAGCAGCAGACCGGCGGCUGGAACGCGAGUUCGACGAGCGGCAGAUGAGGCGUGUGCUCACCACCGGCCUUUGGUGCACGCAUCGCGAUCGGAUCAAGCGGCCGUCGAUUGCGCAAGCCAUGGACGUUCUGCGACGUGACGACGCCGAGUUGCCCGUCCUUGAUCCAGAGAUGCUUAGUUCAUCAGUUCGUUCGCUGGAAGAGAAUUCUAAUGGUCAUUUGUCAGCAGAGGACUCUUCUUACGAGAAUUGGUCUGCUGAAACCGCGUACCACACUUCCAAGGAUUCCACUUAUCUGCUAGCACAAGAAUGAAAUGAAAUAAUUUAGAAGCCUCAUGCACAGCGUGUUCCUUCUUCGGCUAUUCUGUUGUGUUGUUGUUUAUCGAGGCACAAUUCUGUUGAUGUCCACCAUUUCGUUUAGAAUUUGCAGCUGUGUACUAUGUUAUGGCAUUUGUAUGGUAAUGUGUGAUCAGCUAAUUAAUCAUGUGU